CAAAAUCUCAAUUUGCUUUUCUCGCUUUCACUGGAAUCGAGCGUAAUGACGACAAUGGAGCAGCGUAGAAACCAGAAUGCUGUUCAGCAGCAAGACGAUGAAGAGAUCCAGCACGGCCCUUUCCCCGUCGAACAGCUUCAGGCGGCAGGUAUAGCUUCUGUUGAUGUAAAGAAGCUUAGGGAUGCUGGUCUCUGCACUGUUGAAGGUGUUGCAUAUACUCCAAGGAAGGAUCUCUUGCAGAUUAAAGGAAUUAGUGAUGCCAAGGUUGACAAAAUCGUUGAAGCAGCUUCGAAGCUCGUUCCUUUGGGUUUCACUAGUGCUACCCAGCUCCAUGCUCAGAGACAGGAGAUCAUUCAGAUUACCUCUGGUUCACGGGAGCUUGACAAAGUUCUUGAAGGAGGAAUUGAAACCGGAUCCAUCACUGAGUUAUAUGGUGAGUUUCGCUCAGGAAAGACUCAGUUGUGUCAUACACUAUGUGUAACUUGUCAACUUCCCAUGGAUCAAGGAGGUGGAGAAGGAAAGGCAAUGUACAUUGAUGCCGAGGGAACAUUCAGGCCACAAAGACUUUUGCAGAUAGCUGACAGGUUUGGACUAAAUGGAGCUGAUGUACUGGAAAACGUUGCCUAUGCGAGGGCGUACAAUACUGAUCAUCAGUCAAGGCUUUUGCUUGAAGCAGCGUCAAUGAUGGUUGAAACAAGAUUUGCUCUCAUGAUUGUGGAUAGUGCCACGGCUCUCUACAGGACAGAUUUCUCCGGAAGGGGAGAGCUUUCGGCCAGACAAAUGCAUCUUGCAAAGUUCUUGAGAAGUCUGCAGAAAUUAGCAGAUGAGUUUGGUGUGGCUGUGGUUAUAACGAACCAAGUAGUUGCACAAGUAGAUGGUUCUGCUCUUUUCGCUGGUCCACAGUUUAAGCCGAUUGGUGGGAAUAUCAUGGCUCAUGCAACCACAACAAGGCUGGCAUUGAGGAAAGGAAGAGGAGAGGAGAGAAUAUGCAAAGUGAUAAGCUCGCCAUGCUUGCCAGAAGCAGAAGCUAGAUUUCAAGUAACUACAGAAGGUGUAACAGAUUGCAAGGAUUGAUUUUGGUUUUGACUUGCUUCUCUCUCUGCCUUUGUGUGCAAACCUCUUCACUUGUAGCAAGGUCAAGAAACUCCUUUUCUCUUUUCUAUUUUGUUUCUCGUCACUGUGGAUCAUGAAUUAGAUUGCGUAAGCAUAAAAGUAGUGACGAGGGAAGCAAAAAAGAAAAGCUUUUGUAAGUAGGGUUUCUGGGUAAUGAAAGUUGGUACCUUGUGCACACACACUGUAAAAAAAGCAAUAACUUGCGGUAAUAUGGUUUGACUGCAAAUAAGUUCACGAUCUUG